GAACCCAUCCAAGCAGACCGGUUUGCCAGCUUCGAAGACGCCCGUGAUUUUCCACGCGAGAUACGGGAAGAGUUGAAGAAAGCUGGAUUUCCAUCUCCUUCUCAGAUCCAGGCCUACACUUGGCCAUUGGGCUUGAGGGGGAAGGACAUCAUAGGUAUUGCUGCCACUGGCAGCGGCAAGACUCUAGCGUUUUUGCUCCCUGCGUUUGCCCAGAUGGUAGAGGAGAACCACAGACCCGAACGAGAUGGGCCUGGUGCGCUGGUAAUGUCCCCUACGCGGGAACUUGCACAGCAAACCGAGGCUGAGGCCCAGCGCUUUGGGAAGUGCCUUGGCUUCCGAUGCGUCGCCAUGUAUGGCGGAGCUCCCAAGGGCGAUCAAAUGGCUAGAUACCGACAGGGUUGUCAUACCGUCGUGGCAUGUCCUGGUCGUUUGAACGACUUUCUCGAAAAUGGGCAAGUUCGUUUGGAUGGAGUUCUGAAGCUGGUUUUAGACGAGGCAGAUCGUAUGCUUGAUAUGGGUUUUGAACCACAAAUCCGCAAGAUCCUUGCCAAGCUUCCGCGGAAGCGCCACACUCUCUUUUUCACAGCAACGUGGCCAAAGGAGGUGAGGAAGCUUGCGAAUGAGAUUCUCAACAGGCCCUACAAAGUCAUGAUUGGAAAUCGAGAGGUCUUGAAAGGCAACCAGGACAUCACACAGAUUGUGAAGGUCAUGGAUGCCUUCAACAAAAACAGAGAAAUUGUGUCUACCCUCCGGGAGGCUGGGCUUACAAGCCAAACUGCUAGCGGCAAGGCUCUCGUUUUCUGCAACACCAAAAGAAUGUGCGAGAGCCUUUCGAACGAGCUGUAUCGCCAAGGUCUUCCUUGCACAUCCAUUCAUGGUGACAAGGACCAGAGGCAGCGUGAAGAGGCUCUCAAUGGUCUGAAAAGUGGACGAUUCAAGGUUCUCAUUGCUACUGAUGUGGCUGCACGUGGAUUAGACAUCAAGGGUGUCGGCCUGGUCAUAAACUUUGAUCCAGCCAACAACACAGAGGAUUACGUCCACCGUAUUGGUCGCACUGGCCGUGCUGGGGCGAAGGGAUUCGCCAUCACCUUCAUGACAGGGCAAGACGCAGCCAAAGCCAGGGGAAUCAUUGAAGUCAUGGAGCGGACCAACCAGGAGAUCAGCGGAGACCUUCUGCGACUUGCAGGUGCCGCACCGCCGGGAGGUGGGAAAGGACGCACUAGAGGAGGUGCUCCACGAAGAGGCAAAGGGCGGAGCCCAAGCCCUUAGACGCUGAGACGCGGAGCCGCGAAAACUCGCUUGCUCCAUGGAAAAGCCUUCAGAAAA